CGGACACUGGCGAAAACACUGGAGUGGUCGCAAGGAGGCGGCGAAACCGAAUUAUAAACACACCUUGUGUGCUUAAGAGAAUCUAAAGUGAGCGCAAAUAGCCAAUUAAGUCAAACAGACGCGCUGAGAUAGAAAGAAAUACACCAACAGUGGCCCCUGUAAGCUAGCCCUAACCCCUGAAGUCCUCUGUGGUUAGGCGAAACGAGGCGGGAGGCGAUGGAGCCUUCACCGGCAAAGGGGAAACCACAGGGUCGCCUGUUGGUGUCCACGACUCUGGACGCAAAAGAUGAACUGGAGGAGCGGUUGGAAAGAUGUGUCGGAAUUGUCACUUCUAUGACGAACGGCCUUUCAGAGCGCGAAGCCAACGAUGCCAUCACUGCCCAUGUGUGUAAGGGACCACAGCAACAUGAGGAAGUGUGUUUGGGUCUGUUUGCCAUACUUUUAACAGAGACACCUCAGGCACAGCGGUGUUACAGAGACCUAACGCUGGUGAAUCGCGAUGGGAUGAAUGUGGUGCUGAUGAAGAUUAACCAGAUCCUCAUGGAGAAGUUCCUCAAGCUCCAGGAUGUUUGUCGCACCCAGCUGGUCUGGCUGGUCCGAGAGUUGGUGAAGAGUGGGGUCAUCGGGGCUGAUGGAAUCCUCAUGACCCUUAUGAAACAGAUAGCAGGAGGAGACAUCUCCAGUAAGAACCUAUGGUUGGCGGAAAAUGUGCUGGACAUCUUGCUUGAGCAGAAGGAGUGGGUGCUGAAGAGCGGAAUGCUGAUUGCCAUGUCGGUGUACACCUACCUGCGUUUAAUGGUUGACCACGGAACCCCCAACCUGCUGCCCCUCAGACAGAAGGAGGUCGACUUCUGCAUCAGCCUGAUCCGUGAGAAGUUCAUGGAGUGCUACAUCAUCGGCAGAGAUCUGGUGCGUCUGCUGCAGAAUGUGGCUCGCAUCCCAGAGAUGGAGCUGCUGUGGAAAGACCUGCUGCACAAUCCUCAAACCCUCAGCCCCCAGUUCACAGGUAACUGUGUGCUGCAGCUUCUUACCUCUCGAACAUCACGCAAGUUCCUUGCCUGUCGCCUGACGCCUGACAUGGAGACCAAACUUCUCUUCAUGACCUCCAGAGUGCGCUUCGGGCAGCAGAAGCGCUAUCAGGACUGGUUCCAGCGGCAGUACCUGUCCACGGCCGAGAGCCAGUCCCUGCGCUGCGACCUGAUUCGCUACAUCUGCGGCGUGGUCCACCCGUCCAAUGAGGUUCUCAGCUCCGACAUCCUGCCCCGCUGGGCCAUCAUAGGCUGGCUCCUCACCACCUGCACGUCGAACGUGGCAGCCUCCAAUGCCAAGCUGGCCCUCUUCUACGACUGGCUCUUCUUCAGUCCAGAGAAGGACAGCAUCAUGAACAUAGAGCCAGCCAUCCUGGUGAUGCAUCACUCUAUGAAGCCCCACCCUGCCAUAACCGCCACAUUGCUGGACUUUAUGUGCCGGAUCAUCCCCCACUUCUUCCCCCCCCUGGAGGUACAGGUGCGUCAGGGCGUGUGCAACUCCCUCACCUUCAUCAUGGAGAAGAGAGUGCUGGCUCACCUGGCUCCUCUGUUUGAUAACCCCAAGCUGGAUCGUGAGCUACGCUCCAUGUUGCGUGAGCGCUUCCCAGAGUUCUGCAGUUCACCUUCGCCCCCCACAGAAGUGAAAAUGGAAGAGUCGCUUCCCCUGGAGUUGGACAAUCACCUGGAUAAAGAGGACAGUUGCUAUGACACCACUGAAGCUGCCUUCAGUGACGACGAAGAGGAGAUUAAUAACAAAGCUCUGAUCUCCCUAAUAGCGGGCAAGAAGAAGGAGUUCCGGUUCCAUCCAAUCAAAGAGACUUAUAUUGAGGAGCCAGCUGACAUCUCCCCCUAUGUGGACCAAUUGGAUGAGCCGUUGAAGGAGAAGGUGACCCAGCUGCAGAAGGAGAGUGACAUGGAGGUUCAGUGUGAAGUGAUGCAGGAGAUCGUGGACCUUAUACUGGAGGAGGACUUUGACUCGGAGCAGAUGUCCACUCUGGCCUCCUGUCUGGCUGAGCUGUUCAAGAGCCACUUCAGAGGAGACGUCCUCCCGGACGAGAUCACAGAAGAGUCUUUGGAAGAGUCCGUGUGUAAGCCGGUGUGUUUAGUGUUCCGGAACCUGUGUCAAAUGCAAGAGGACAAUAGCAGCUUCUCAAUGCUCCUGGACAUGCUAGCCGAGCUCUACCAGAAGCAGCCCAAGAUAGGAUACCACCUCCUCUACUACCUGAAGGCCAGUAAAGCGGCGUCGGGGAAGAUGAGUCUGUACGAGGCGUUUGCUCAGGCCACAGCGCUGGGGGACCUGCACACCUGCCUCAUGAUGGACAUGAAGGCCUGCCAAGAGGACGACGUCCGUCUGCUGUGUUACCUCACGCCCUCCAUCUACUCUGAGUUUCCUGAUGAGACUCUGCGCAGUGGAGAACUGCUGAAUAUGAUUGUGGCUGUCAUUGAUUCCACACAGCUUCAAGAGCUAAUGUGUCACGUGAUGAUGGGUAAUCUGGUGAUGUUCCGUAAAGACUCUGUUCUCAACAUACUCAUUCAGUCCCUUGACUGGGAGACGUUCGAGCAGUACAGCACUUGGCAGCUCUUUCUGGCCCACAGCAUCCCACUGGAAACGAUAAUCCCCAUCCUCCAGCACCUCAAAUACAAGGAACAUCCUGAGGCGCUCUCAUGUCUGCUGUUGCAGCUACGCAGAGAGAAACCCAUUGAGGAGAUGGUGAAGAUGGUUCUGAGUCGGCCGUGUCACCACGAGGACCAGUUCACCACCAGCAUUCUACGCCACUGGGCCUCCAAACACGACGACACACUGGGAGAACACAUCAAAGCACUGCUCAUCAAGAACAACAACCUACCCCGCAAGAGACAGAGUCUGCGCAGCUCUAGCAGUAAACUGGCUCAGCUGACCUUGGAGCAGAUGCUGGAGCACCUGGACAACCUCAGACUGAACCUGUCCAACACCAAGAAUAACUUCUUCACGCAGACGCCGAUUCUGCAGGCUCUCCAGCACGUUCAGGCCAGCUGUGACGAGGCUCACAAGAUGAGUGGUGCUCUUGUUUUCAGGUUCAGCGAUCUGUUCGCUCUAGCUGAGGAGUACGAGGACUCGACCAAACCCCCCAAAUCCAGACGCAAGGCCCCGGCCUCCUCCCCGCGCUCACGCAAAGGGGCCGCCCCCCCCACCAACAACGAGGAGGAGAGCGCCUCCAGCAGCGCUUCUGAGGAAGAGGACUCCAAGCCCAAGGCCCCAAAGAGGAAGAGAAAAGGCUCCUCGGCCGUGGGCUCCGACAGCGACUAAGGAGACAGGCUCCUCACCCACCAAUCACAUCCCAUCUGCUAUUGUGACAUCACUGGAGACUGGACCACUGCCCAAUCAGACGCUCCAGCAAACUUUGGAGACCCCCAGCAAACAAGCCCAUUGGCGAGGGGCAGCGACUUCCUCUUGGACUCAUACGCAAUUGGCCAGAGCCAGACGAAAGCUGCCCCUCUGCCGCCACUGCUCAUUGGCUGACGUGGAGCCAAUGGGUGUGGCCUUGGCAAACACAUGGAGAUGGGAUGGGAGUGGGCGAACUCCAGACUCCUCCCCUUUUGAACGCUUUGACUGACAGCUAGUCGGACAGACCCAAACCAGACACACAGACAGCCUUAAGGAAUCGGCUCCCAUGGCAACCACAGAGAGGAGAAGAGGGGGUGUGUCUGGCAUUCUGUGGUCAGUCUCAGUGUCGCUCUCUGCCACCUGUACUCCACACACACACACACACACACACACACAAACACACACACACACACGUUUUACCAGAUGCCCACGGCUCUUUUAAAGAGGGAGAGCGCGACGCUUAUUGACUUUACCGUUAUUCUCUGACUGAAGGAAAUGUCAGAUUAAGUACACCCCCGCCCCCCCUCAACCCCCCCCACCCCGCCCGGGGAAAAAGCCUCUCGAUGUUGGCAAAUGUUACAUGACAUUGGAAAGUACGUUAAUCCCGCCCACCCACCUUCCCCCAUUAUUCUCCCUGCCCUGAUUGGUCACCCUUAUCGAGGGGAGGAGCCAAGGAGUUGACAUGGAGGAUCUCACUUGUCAUUGGUCAGUUUUUACCACAGAUGAUUGGGCCGCCCGAGAGUGCGGCCAUGGAGACAGUUCCGUUGAAGAACUCACACAUUGACUUUUUAAAGAAAAUUUCUUUCUACUGACAUAUUUUCAUAAAAAAAGAUCAUAACUAUGUCAAAUGAUUAUGAUAUUAAUAAAAAAGGGCUCAAAAGCUG